AUUAAAUUAGACACGUCACUAAACAAAAAGUUUGCUAGUGAAGAAGAAAGGUUUGAAGUAAUAGUGUUCGAGAGAGAUUUGAGUGCUAUUAGAGGGGAGUGGCAGUACAGAGGGUCGAUUCAGAUACAAAGCAAUGCUCUGGCGGCACUCGAGGCGAUCGAUUUGGAUGUCGCGAUGAGGCUAUGAGAGCUGGUUGAGUUACCGGGGAUAGAAUUAAUGGCCUUGUCGAUGGGAUUUCUGGCACCUGGUGUGCAGAGAUCGGAGAUGGGGGCGGUGCUACGAG